AUGACACAAAACCAGUCAACCCCACCCUUACUCCUCACCAAACGCCUAACAUCCUUCCUAGCGAGUCGUCUCUCGCCGACGUCGGCACACUCACUUCUCUUGACGACACCGACGGGAAACCUGCUGGCCCAUGCAUCACGGUUAGCCAAAACGGCGUCGGAACUGCGGGCGCAAGCGACGGUGGCGUCGUCCCUGGUGGCUAUGCACGGCGGGUGCGCAAAUCACGUCGUGCCCAACGCGCUCAGCGCGUCUCCUUCGCCGGGAGACGAGACGGCGGUGACAUCGGAUGAGGAGGAUGACGACGACGAGGAUUAUGACGAGGAUGACUACGAUGAAGGGGGUCGGGAGGACGCGGUUCACGGCGAAGGAGGGGGUCCUGGAGGAAGUGACGGGGAGGUCGUUGGCCCUUGCGCCGUGACGGUGCAGAUGAGCGGCGGGGUCGUCGUCAUCCGGCGGCUCAAGUGCGGGCUCCUGCUCGUGUGCGUAGGGCCCACGGAGAGGGGGCACAGCGACGAAGUCGGCGCCCUGGGAGGGUUUUCAGGUACCGGAAGUGGAGGUGCCGGCGUGGCCGUUUCUGGCACCACCACCCCUGGUGCCACGUCUACAGGCACCGAUGGCCCGCUCGUGGGCGGGCUAGGUGGUAGCGGCAGCGGCGCGGGAGACCAGGACCCCAACAGCGUGGUAGGGAGCCCGGAUGAAGGCGACAGCGUCACGAGCGGGGGCGCGAGGAGCGUGGCAAGCGUGGCGAGCGUGAGGGCGCAGGGGUGCUUCUGGUGA